AUGUCUCUUAUUAAAGCCGUUCUAUCAAACCCCCAGGUACCAGAAACUAUCCGCCAAGCUGCAUUAGACCGCGCACACAGAUCUACAGGCUUGCCAAUCGGAGAGGGGAGGACCGAAUCAUUCUGGCUGAAGGAACCACAUCCAACAGUUGCGCGAGCGCAAUCCGGGGCUCUGCCGGAAAAGGUCGACAUCGCUAUCAUUGGAUCAGGGAUUACGGGCCUCUCCGUUGCCUGGACCAUCUUACAAACGGCGAAGCAACAUGGCCGCAAUCCGCCAUCAGUUGUGAUACUCGAGGCCCGCGAUGCUUGUAGCGGAGCUACAGGACGGAACGGCGGCCAUGUACUCGAGACGGUGCUGGAAUACCUAGAGUUCAAGCAGCUCUUCGGGAAAGAUGCGGCCAUGAAGCUCACCAGAUUCAGGCUGGGACACAUGCCGGAAAUGGAGGCGCUGAUGAAGGACAGGCCCGAGCUCCGUGAACGAAGCCAGCUGCGGAAAGUGGAGUUCGUCUCCGUAUACUUCGAUGAAGAGACGUUCCUCGCAGCGGUGAAGAGCUUAGAAGAGUUCAAGAAGGACAUGCCUGAGGAGUCCCAGGGCUUCGCAUCGCACCGCGGGGAGAAGCUUCAAACCCACUUCCACCUCGCCCCGCACGCCAUCGGCGCCAUAACCGGCCCCGCCGGCGCCGCGUGGCCCUACCAGCUCGUCACCCACCUGCUGGCGGAGCUCCAGCACGCCUUCCCCCCCUCCACCUUCUCCCUCGAAACCAACACGCCCGUCACGCAAAUCUCCCGCUCCUCUUCCCCCAAGCCUCAUCCCUACACCCUCACCACCCCCCGCGGCCCCCUCUCCGCCCGCCACAUCGUCCACACCACCAACGGCUACAUCUCAACCCUCGUCCCCGGCCUCGCAGGGCGCAUCUUCCCCGUCCGCGGACAGAUGACCGCGCAGGGGCCCGGCGCGCGCUUUCCUUUCCGCCCGUCGCUCGAGGAACCCCGGCACUCGUGGCUCUUCAACUACGCCAACGGCGGCUUCGACUACCUGACGCAGCUCCCGCACUCAUCCUCCUCCUCCUCCUCGUCGACGACCGCCGCGCCGCCGCUGUCCGACGGCGAACUGAUGCUAGGCGGCGGAUUGGCGGCGACGCAUCACCGCGGCGUCGACGAGGUGGGCGUGGCGCGGGACGACGCGUACGGCGACGUGCAUGUCGAUAUACACCUGAGCGGCGCGCUGGAGGCUGUGUUUGGGCGGGAGAAUUGGGGUGGGCAGGCGGCGGGCGUGAAGGCGAUGUGGACGGGGGUGAUGGGGUUUUCGGCUGAUGGGUUUCCGUGGGUGGGGGAGUUGCUGGGGGGGUUGACGGGCAGGGAGGAGAAGGAGGAGGGCGAGGAAGUGGGAGUGGGAGGAGCAAGAGGAGGAGGAGCGGAGUGGGCGGCGGCGGGGUAUUCGGGGGAGGGCAUGGUGCAUGCGUGGUUGUCGGGGAAGGCGGUGGGGAUCAUGGUGUUGGUGAGGGAGGGGGUGUUGGCGGAGGGGGAUGGGGAGGAAGUUAGGAGUUGGUUGCCGGAGCAGUUGUGGAUUACGGAGGAGCGGGUGGAGCGGGCUGUUCUUCCACGGAAGGUUGCUGAUCUGUGA